AUGGCGCCUCAAUGGAUGCCUCAAAAUAUACAGAAGCGAUUACUGAAGUACAUCCUUCAGCAGCUCUCCUUAUUUUCCGAGAUUGAUCUACCCAAUUUGGAUGUGUCACUGGGCGCAAGCUCCAAGGUCAAUCUCCGAAAUCUGGAGCUAGAUAUUGAAAAGUUCAGCAUACCAGGACUGUACAUGAGAAGUGGGUCUAUUGAAACGCUUGCUCUUUCUCUCACGAUAAGCGAUGGUGUCAAUGUGGAUUGCGCUGGAGUUAAUAUCACUUUCACUCCUUCGGUAACUUCUGCAAAGCCAAACAGCUCAGAUCAGUUUUCCCUUGCGAAAAGCACAGCUGAUUUAGCAAACAGUGUUAUGUUCGAGGACAAUGUUGUGGACGACGAAGAUAUACGAGAAACUGCUUCGGUUGAGUUUAAUCCCCUUCCAACAGAAACGAAAGACCACAAAAUGAGCAACAUGAUGGCAAAGGCGGCAGAUAUGGCUUUGUCAAGGCUACAACUAACAAUACGUGACAUAAAAAUCACUAUGGUACUCGAGGCUUCUGUAAUGGAAGUGUGCAUUGAUCACGUCACCUUGUUAUCAAAGGAAGGGACCAGAUACAUUACAGUUGAGGGUAUGAAGCUGAAUGCUGUCAAACCAGAAGUUUAUCCAGGAGAGGGAGUGGAUAAAGAUAAUAGUUCAAAGGAAAGGGACAAAAAUAAGUCUGACGACAGCGAUUCUGAGGACUAUGAUGAUGAAUUAAUGCAAACCUCGUUUAUGGCAGAAGACAAGGACGAUAUUCAUAAAUCCUUGAUGGAGAGCAUGAUGUUUGCAAGCAAGACAUCUGAAUCCGUGUACAUGAGCGCGACAUCUAACGUAUUCUCCUCGGUUACCCCGAGGGCAUCUACCCACGAGCCUCCUCAACCAUCAGCUGUAUGUGUGGCCUAUGUCAGUAAUUUCAGCUUCCAAUUUGAUGGACUUCAAAACAUAGAGAACGUGCAAGUGGACGUGGGACAGAUCAAGAUUGCGGCUUCCCCAAUUCCUGAAUGUUUGUCGUCAGUCAUUCAAUCAUUCAAAAAUAUUGUGAGGCUUUCGGCAAUGAGUACCAGUGGAACAUCUGAAGAAACGGGCGACAAAAGCGAACCUACUAGCACGACUUUGCUGAGUACCUUAAAGGUUGACGAGAUAUGUGUUAGUCUUGAAUCAGCACUUUUGGAUGACGGACGAUUUGCUCUGGACAAUAGCAUUUAUUUAUCACUCAGUGAUAUACGCUUUGAACAGAAAAAUGCCUCUUUCUCUUUUGGUUCCAUUGCAAAAAUACGCCUAUCGAGAAAUGACGGUGGAACUGUGCUUUUUAGCUUCGGCGACUCCCGCGCAUCAAAUGUAGCGGACCUCGGGCUUGAAAUGCUUAGCAACGAUGCAUCUCGCAUCACUUUAAUAUGUCCGAAAUCUGCAAAUCUUGUUGUGGAUGAACAACUAUUGACUUCGGCAGCGCGUUACUACUCACUGAUGGAACCUGUUGUCGAGGCAUUCCUUUCGGCUAUAUCUAUGAAGUCUCCUAAUCCAUACUCAAACAUGCAUACAUCCCGCUUCUCUUUACCAGAGACAGCAAAUAACCAGAAAUCGAGCGACUUCCAUGCACAAAUGUCAUCUAUUCACAUCAAGCUUCACCUCAGUGAAUUUGAUAUCACGUCUACCAUCCUUCCGAUAACUUACGAUUCCCAGGAAGGUCGCUUCGAUACUAGCAGUAUUCUUUUCGAAUAUAACGAUGCAACGCUACGAGAUCAAUAUGCAUCUAACCAAUUUUUGAUGAUAUCCAAUAUUGAGUCAUCUUCGGUAGGUGUGAACAAAAUACGAUCAUUUGAUUCAAGCUCGCUUCAGGAAACAUGGCUCAAAAGCAAGAUCAAAACUACAAUCGAGAAUGUCACUUUGAAGCUUGAUUUUGGGGUCAUGUUCAAACUGAUAAGCGGCUUUGGGAGACUUGCUGAUUUAAUGUACAAGUCUAUGGUGAUCUCAUCUCCAGCACCAAGACAGAAGAAAGUAAGACUGGGUAAUAGUUUGUUUCUAAAUGCCUCCAAAAUGCUGAAAUACAGUGUCGAGAUCAAUCAAUGGACAGGAACUCUCUCCAAUAUUUGUCCCAAUUUUGGGGAUCUGAAAGUCUCCUUAAAAGAUAUAUAUGUGAAUUAUCUGCAAGAUGGGACCCUGCACACUUAUGUUAUGAACGCUUUGAUACAACGAAUAUGUGAACCGGUACAUGAGUCAUUGCUGGAAGCGGCGGAUCCCAGAAACAAAGGGUGUCCCAUGAUGUUUGCAAAAUUCAAAGAUAAUUUGGGGGUGCACUUCAGAAAUUGCUCAUUCAACUAUUAUGGAGAAUGGGUCACACUUUUGGAAUCCCGAGAGAGGCAAGAGGAAGCUGAUCCAGGCUCAGCCAUCUCUGCUUCUGGGAGGAAAAAUCAGAUUAACUUUACCUUUGCUGAUGUUUCAAUAGGUCUUGUCCCAGUCAAUCUAAAAUCCAAGGUUGAGCUCGUUAUCAGGAAAGGAAUUGCUGACUUGUUGAUUGGUACUGAUGGGCGCUCAAAAUUGCAAUCUUCAUUCAGUUCCUUGACUCUGCUAUUGAUUGAUGACGUCGCAAAUAUUCUCAGUGACAAAGAAAGCAAAUCAUUGAGGCACUGGAUCAACAUGAACAACAAUCAUGCUAUCUGGACGCUGAAUGCUAUUUUGAAAAGCAAGGGUUAUGUUCCUGUGGGUUAUAUUUCAUCUUUGUUUCUGAAUUCAACAUUUGAUAGUGAGAGUCACUUGGAAAAGAGCAUGUCGCAGGCUUCUUCCGGCAGAAAAAUAUUUCCCUUGAUUGAUACAAAGAUACAUAUUGAUGCAUUGGCUCUCGACCUUUGUGCAGACUCGUCCCAAUGCUUGAUUCAGACUUUGAAAGAUCUGAAGCAGCCGGUGCAGUUUACUUUCAAUGAAAAAUAUAAGCCAACGACGGAUGAAGUUGAUGUGUUUAGGGACGUUGAUGAGAAUAUCUUUUCGUCGGCGGUAAGUGCAGAUGCUGGUAGUCUGGGGCAAACUGAGAUCUCUGAAGACGAAAAACUGGAGAUUGUCGAAGAUUUUUACAACAAAAGUUUAAACCCUGAUCACGGUGAGCAAUCAGCCACACGCUCUGGUAGCUUGGCCAAUAGUGGUACCAAAUCAGGUACCAUGUCGAAUAUCAUUUUUGAUGAUAAUCAUUUCAACCAUUCGGGUGAAGAGUUCACGACGAAGAUUAUACCAAUGGCUAUUGGAAUCAGUAUUUCCAAUGCUACAAUCAAGCUUUAUGAUGGCUAUGACUGGAAGGAGACUCAGACCACAAUUAAGAAUGCCAUUCGCCGGGUUGAAGAUAGAGCCGCAAAGAUAGGUGACAGUAUGAAUGGUGUGAUUGAGGGUUCCACCAGCCAGGAUAUCCGUUCCGCUUCUAAUGAUUCGACCGAGCUAGAUGCAGAAGCUGUGAAUGAGAUACUAUACGAGUCAAUCCAUGUGGGCCUCUUAGCUGGACAGGACCCUCAAUCAUUUUACGAUAAUAUCAACAAGUCGAUCAGCAACGGUGCGGCCUCAGAAAAUGUGAGCGAGCGUAAUAAUUUGUCUCCAGGCUCUUCAUCACCCGCAUCAGUCAACACUACUACUAGCGCUCGCUCUACAGCGCCCUCUCAUAACAUCGAGCUAGGCAAGGGCUCAAUUAGGAGAGUGCGCUUGAAAAGAUCUGUAUAUCACAAGGUUCUAGUUGAGCUAGAAAACCUUGAUCUGUCCAUCCUGACCAUGGUUGGUAAUGAACUUCAACCAACUAAAAACUCUAUAGUCUUCAGUGAGGAUGAGAGUAAAGAUGACUCAGAACUCGUUAACAGAAUUGAUUUGAGUGUCGGAUCCUUCAAAGUGGCAGAUAAUGUUCCCACGUCAAGCUGGAACAUGUUUGUGGGGUAUUUGCGUGAAGCUGGGGAUAAGGAACUUGGUUCCAGCAUGCUUCAUGCUGUCAUUGACACUGUUCGCCCUGUUGCAUCAUUGGCGGCUUCUGAAUUGGUGAUCUCUGUAUCUGUGCUUCCGUUGAGACUUUAUGUGGACCAAGACACGCUAGACUUUUUAACAAGAUUUGGUGAGUUUAAAGAUGACCGCUUCACCCCCCCAGCUUUGGACGAAGAAGAGGUUUUCAUUGAAAAGUUCCAGGUCAACUGCGUGAGGAUUAAACUUGAUUACAAGCCUAAGAAGGUUGAUUAUGCUGGCAUUAGAUCUGGCCACACUACCGAGUUCAUGAACUUUUUCAUUCUCGAUGAGUCUGAGAUGAUUUUGAAGAAGUUGGUGCUUUAUGGAAUACCGGGAUUCACUCGUUUGCACAAAAUGCUUAAUGACUUGUGGAUGCCUGACAUCAAAAGGAAUCAGCUUGGUGGGGUUCUUUCAGGUCUUGCUCCAGUGAAAUCAAUCGUGAAAAUUGGGUCUGGUUUCAAAGAGUUGGUAGCUGUGCCUUUGAAAGAAUAUGAGAAAGAUGGCCGCGUUAUAAGAGGUCUUCAAAAAGGUGCACUGUCAUUCGCCAAAAUAACCGGUGGCGAGCUGCUCAAAUUUGGUGUUAAGCUUGCUGCAGGAACACAAAAUAUAUUAGAGUCUACCGAAGAGGCUCUGGGAGGAGACGGCUCUGCUGUGAGACUACCAGGAUACAGAAAAAACCAAAAGUCUCGAAGAAGAACAUCACCCAGCGAGGUCAUUUAUGCGACUCCCGGGGACAAGUCUUUACUGGGCCGCAAUACCAUGAGUGGUGCAGUAUUACAUCGAAACUCAUUUGACUCCUAUGGUGAAGAAGAAGAAUUUCUGGAGGAACCUUCGGCGUUGGAUAGAGAUGGCACACAGGACACAGACCAGGCCCAGAAAUCAAGAUUUCUUGUUCCGGCUGUGUUCAAGAGUACUGCUGAGCUGCCUGAUGUGUUGGAGAGCGAUAGUGAUCUAGAUGAUUACUAUGAUGAGUCUGACAAUGAAGCCCAGAAAAUUGUCAGUCUGUACUCAAAUCAGCCGGAAAAUUUAAACGAGGGGUUGCAAACUGCUUACACUUCGCUGGGAAGAAACUUAGUCACUGCUCGGGAAGCAAUUGUGUCCGCAAGCACGCGUGCUGCACGGAGCGGUAGUGCACAGAUUGCCGCUCGGGAGUUUGCCAAAGCCACUCCUAUCAUGGUGAUUCGCCCGAUAAUUGGAACCACAGAGGCUAUUUCCCGAACACUUCAAGGAGGCAUCAAUAUUCUUGAUCCAGAAGAGAAACGCAGGUCCGAAGAAAAGUACAAGAAUACGAAGAAAGAAGAAACUAGUUGA